GCUCCCUCCUUCUGAGACCUCGGUCCUUGCUGCGGCCGAACCCCGGAAACGAGGUGGCGGGCUCCGGUGCCGGUACAACGGGGGACUGCGGCGCGAGCAUAAGGUAACGGCAGAAGCAGCAAUGUUUCACUUCUUCAGAAAGCCUCUGGAAUCUAAGAAGCCGUCAGUACCCGAGACAGAGGCAGACGGCUUUGUCCUUUUAGGAGAUACAGCACAUGAGCAAAGAGUGGCAGCAAGAGGCGAAACUUCAGAUGCAGAAGACAACCAGCCUUUGGAGACUGGCAAAGAAAACUCAUCCAGUGUGACUGUAGCAGGGCCUGAGACGGAAAACAAGGCAGGCCAGACCCUGGAGAACAGCUCACUAAUGGCCGAGCUCCUGAACGACGUACCCUUCACCUUGGCCCCACACGUGCUGGCCGUGCAGGGCACCAUCAGUGAUCUUCCUGACCACUUACUCUCCUAUGAUGUCAGCGAAAACUUGUCAAGGUUUUGGUAUGAUUUCACUCUUGAAAACUCAGUACUCUAUGGUUCAUAAUCUUUAUGUCUGUGUGCACCUUAACAAACUUUGAAACAAAAGUUUGCCAAUUUUAUUUAACUUGUCUGAUGUUUUUUGUAAAGGCCCUUAAAGGUCCUCAGAAAGCAAGGAUCAUGAAGCAGAUAAUAAUAUGUUCAUUGCUCUAUUUUUUUAGAAUAAAGCAUAUUUGUAUAAAAAUUAAACCUAAGAUCUACUUCCUUUUCCCCUAGUAAUAAAUACAAAGAUUAAUUUAUCAAGGUUUUUUGAAAGAUAUUGUCAACUAGUCUCUCAAAAUAUAGCACCUCACAUGUAUCUUAGAAAAACUAAAAAAGAACUGAGGCAUUUUUUUUUUUUUGGCACAACUCUGAAAUCUCUGCUUAGAGUGUGACUUCUCUGCUUUGGAGGAAAACUUAAUAUUAUCCCCUUUCUCCUUCCACUGUGUUUAUGAAUGAAUUCAGACCAAAAAAAAAAAAAAAAGUUGCUAGUUAGCUUAAUUUCUUCAAUCUUAAUUUAGACACUGAUGUGGAAAUUUACAACUUUUCCUAGAAAGCAGUAGUAGUUAGCUGAGACAAGAACACUGUAUGAAGAAUGCUCCGGGUAUUUGUUUCUUUUGAAUGACAGCUUUUCCUUAAGCCCAUGGCAGUCUUCUCCACCUUGAUGGAGACCCAGGUUCCUGUCUUUAUUUUUUGCUAUUUCAUGGUUUGCUCUCUCUCCAGCUUUACAAGAACAUCCCCUGCUUCUGUCUCAGUUGGCAUUUUCUCUCCUUACCUCCUGUAUUUCUGGUUUAUGAAGAGACCCGCAUUCCUCUCCAACCUCUCUGCCUCCCAGAGAAAAGAAGCUUGUGAUGAUAUGUAUUAUUGCUGAUAAAUCCCUUAUUUAGUCAUCUGUUGGCCACAACACAGAUUGAAAUGUUUUACUGCCAGAAAAACUACAGCUGAUUCGUUUCCAGCUAGAGUGCAGGCAGAACACCUAGACAGGGCUUUUAGUUUGUGAAUAUCCAUUGUCUCUUCUGACUAAAAUAGAAAACUGCCAUUGACCCAUAAACUAGAAAGGGAAGAGAUGCGAUAGAGUAUUAUUUUCUAUGCCUUGGAAAAUUUAAAUUACAUCUGUUCCGAUUAGUGGCAAUACAGUUUUUUGACUCUGUGCCAAAUCUUAUAUCUUUCAUGAAGAUAGAGUGCCAUAGCAAAACUAAACACUGUGCAUAAUAAUACAUGAAUUAAGUUUUAAUGUGGCAUGCAUGUUUGUUUAAUAAAUGUGGCAUGGUCUUGAUAAACUGUUACAUGAUUUAAGAGGUAAAUGUACAUUUAUAUUGAUAAAAGUUUGCUUUAUGUACAAAUAAUGGUACCAUAUGAGGUGAAUGAUUAAAUCAGAUCUUUACAUAGUUUUCAUAAAACAUCAGUCUAGGAAAUCUAAUUUAUUACUAAGACAAAUGUGAACAUUUUAUAGCAGUUUUUGUGAAAACAUUUUUUUCAAUAUU